CCAUGAAACAGCUUACGUUUUCAGGAUUUGUGAGAGGAGAAAGAGUAAUCUCAUAAUUUGCUUCGAGUUUUAUAUCUUCUCUAUCUUCUCUCCCCCCCGCCGAACCGUGUAUUUGUGAGUGACAGAGAUCGAGAAUGGUAGCGUCGGUGGCGAUAUCUGCGCCUCCAGGCUCAUUAGCUUCAUCUUGGAACACUAAUUUCCUCUCACACUCUGCUCGGAGAAGCUCACCCAAACUAGUUGUUUCUGCUCUUCCAAAUCAUCAUGGACCAUCUGGUAGAAGCCAUGGAUUACCUUUGAAGCUAAAUGCUCGGAUAUCCCCUCCUAGUGAUCCAAGUAACCAUGCUCCAAUAGAAGCCAAAAAGGGUAAUCCACCUAUAAUGCCAGCUGUGAUGACUCCAGGAGGACCUUUAGAUCUUUCAUCUGUGCUAUUUAGGAACCGUAUAAUAUUUAUUGGACAACCUAUCAACUCACAAGUGGCUCAACGAGUUAUAUCACAGCUUGUGACGCUAGCAACUAUUGAUGAAGAUGCAGAUAUCCUCGUCUACCUGAACUGUCCUGGUGGAAGCACUUACUCUGUCUUGGCAAUUUAUGACUGCAUGUCUUGGAUAAAGCCUAGAGUAGGCACAGUAUGUUUUGGAGUAGCUGCAAGCCAAGGAGCACUUCUUCUUGCGGGUGGAGAGAAGGGGAUGCGAUAUGCAAUGCCAAAUGCACGUAUUAUGAUUCAUCAACCACAGAGCGGGUGUGGGGGUCAUGUGGAGGACGUGAGACGCCAAGUCAACGAAGCUGUUCAAUCUCGUCAUAAAAUUGACAUGAUGUAUGCUGCUUUUACUGGUCAAUCUCUUGAGAAAGUGCAGCAGUACACUGAGAGGGAUCGUUUUCUCUCAUCUUCAGAGGCUUUGGAGUUUGGUCUUAUCGAUGGUGUGUUGGAGACUGAAUACUAAAUUUAGAGGUGGAGAUGAAUCCAAGCUUUUGAAGGCACUGCAUUGCCUUCAUUGAUCUUCAUAUCUUAAUUUUUCGAAGAAGGUGCAAUAUAGUGAUUUCAAGCUGUACCUGUGAAUAAUAUUAUCUCGAAUUUUAUUUUUUUUAAUACAAUAUUGAUAUGCUUGAUUUAGAGGGUCGUAAAGUCAGGUUGAAACUCCAAUUAUCUAGAUUGUGAAAUCCUGUAAUUCU